UCUGGCAGAAGUCCAUUCUAACAAACGAGCAAAACACAGGACACCUAUCAAGCUACAACUCUGUCAAAACAAAAAAAUAUAUUUAGGAGAUAUUCGGGCAAAUAUUCAGUCGCUAGACUUUUUCACUGCCACCAAGAGCCAAGAGUUUGAACCUCGUUCAACAGCAGUAUGGAAGGGUAUGCGAUGACACCUGAAGACAUGGAGAGGGGCCCUGUGUACAACACAACGGUGACAGCUGUUGCUGAGGGAAAGGCCUCCAGAGGUUGGCUAUGGAGGCUGUGUGGGGUCCUCUUAAUAGCAGUUCUAUGUGCGGCAGCAGCCCUACUCUUUGCAUGGUGUCAGCAUGGUAGACUGGCAACGAUGCAGGAAGAAACGGAGCCUCAACUGGAGAUACUCAUUGGUGCAAAAGACACCCACCAUACAUUGAAGCAGAUUGCCGGCAAUGCAAAAGCAGCCAUCCAUUUAGAGGGUGAAUACAAUCCUAAUCUUACCGCUGACACCGUGCAGUGGAGAAAGGAUGACGGCCAGGCUUUUUCCCAGGGCGGGUUCGAGCUACAGGGGAACCAAAUCCUCAUCCCACACACUGGGCUCUUCUUCGUUUACAGCCAGGCUUCAUUUAGGGUCAAGUGUAAUGGCCCGGGCGAGCAUACCACUCCUCUGAGUCACAUUAUUUGGCGCUAUUCGGACUCCAUCGGGGUUAAUGCUAAUCUUCUUAGCGGGGUAAGGUCAGUUUGUCAACGAAACUACGGUGAUGCUGAGUCCAAAAUUGGCGAAGGCUGGUACAAUGCAGUUUACCUUGGUGCGGUGUUUCAGCUGAAUGAAGGGGACAAACUGUGGACUGAGACCAAUCGACUGACCGACGUGGAGCCAGAGCAGGGCAAGAACUUCUUUGGUGUGUUUGCACUGUGAUGAGAGAGAGGCAGGCCAGAGAUUAAUAUUUUUUAAAACAGUUUUAUGUUAAAACUCUUAUUUUAGUGUUGCAAUUUUAUGGUAACUGAGCCAUCUCAAAGGAGAUUGGUCUAAUCUUAAUGGUUAUUUUUGUAAACUGCAACAGUUUGAGAAAUGAUUAUUGUUUGUCCACACAUGAUUGUCCAUUCUCUGUAUUGUAGACUUUGCUCCAAAUAAUAUUAUGACUUCCGGUUAUUUAUAUUAACUUAAAAAAUGAUAUUUACUAUUUAUUUGAAAAUACAACAGGCUACUGUGGUGUAGUGUAGUAUAAGUUAUCUUGAUUCACAUAAGUCUAGCAGUAGCCUAUACUAGGCCUAUCAGAAUACAGUACUACAAUAUUAAGUUAUUUUAUUUAAUGUACUGAUGUACUAAUGUUUAUUUAAAUGUGAUUGUGUUGUAUUUUAUUUGUCACCUAUUCAGUGUGCUUGAAUCAACGAAUAAAUUCCAAAUCUUCUCAAA